UCACGCCGGGGGGCUGGCACAAGAGGCUUGCCGCCGUGCCUCGUGUGAUGCGUGGGAGAGAACGGCCGGCUGCGGCAUGGGCUCGGCGUCCAAUGGCGCGUCUUUAGGGCGCCGGAGCGUGCGGAGUGGGCGGCGCGGCCCCACGCGCAGGGCCCGUCGGAGCGGCGGCGCUGGUGCGAGAGGCCCGAGCUCGCCGAGAGCGAUGCGGACUCCGCUCGGCUGCGGGUCGUGGUGAGCAUGUGCGGCAUGGCUGCGCUGCUCGCGCUGCAGGCUGCGGCGCUGCCUUUGCUCAGGUGCCGGCGUUGACAGCGGAUGCAAGGGGCUGCCGCAGCGCAGACGCCGGCGGCGCACGAGGCUAGGAACGCGCGCGUCGCUGUGCGGAAAACGCGCGCGCGUCAAGGCCCAACGCUCCCUCGGACGAUGCUGCCCGGCGAGCUCGCCGACCGGGCAGGCAGCUCUGCUCGCGGCGAUAUCCCAUGCGCACGCGCAGGAAUGCGAGGAGCACAAGGAAGCCAAGGCGGAGCCGUCAUGCUCAGCACGCCGCGUCGCACGGCCGGCGGCGCUGCGAGCUGCCAAGUCCGAGGACUGCGCGCGGGCGGCAGCAGGCUGCGUUUGCCACCCGACGCUAAACGCCUGCCAUGGCGCGUCGGCUCUUGGGGUGCAGGAGCGCUGGCGGCUGCUCUUGAGCGCACAGGCCGCGGCCGUGGAGGUGUCGAGCAGCGCCAGCGCCGUGCGGCCGUAGCGUUGACAGCGCGGGAGGCAGCAAGAGCCGACAGAGGAUCUGCGGCUGUCAUCUGACAAAGAGGCCGCCUUCUUGUCGUCGUCUCCAAGGGCGAAAUUCGAACGGCAUGCGGCCUCCGCAGCCGCAUCAGGCGUGGAGCUGGGUG